AUGGAUCGCGACAGUAAGAUGACGCGACGGGCCAUUGAGGGCAUGAUCGCAGAAGGACACACGCUGGUCAUCUUCGAAGGCAACGUACUACGACUGGACUCGUGGCUCAAGACGCAUCCCGGCGGCAGCCUGGCCAUUCUGCACAUGGUGGGAAGAGAUGCGACCGAUGAAAUCAAAGUGUAA